AUGCAAACAGAAAGAUUCGAACGAGAGUAUCAGGUAAUUUCAACAGAUGGGAGAAAGCGGAUUUUGCAGUCUGGAUCCAUUCAUUAUCCUCGAGCAACUCCCGAAAUGUGGCCAGAUAUCAUUGAGAAGGCAAAAGAAGGAGGACUGGAUGUAAUUGAAACAUAUGUUUUCUGGAACUACCAUGAGCCUGUGAAGGGACAGUACUACUUUGAAGGGAGAUUCGACUUAGUUAAGUUUGUGAAGACAGUGCAUGAAGCUGGCCUGUUUGUUCAUCUUCGUAUUGGUCCAUAUGCAUGUGCUGAAUGGAAUUAUGGAGGAUUCCCUCUUUGGUUACAUUUCAUUCCUGAUAUUCAAUUCCGGACCACAAAUGGCCCUUACCAGGCAGAAAUGGAACUUUUUCUUGCUAAAAUUGUCAACUUAAUGAAAGAAGAGAAUCUUUUUGCAUCACAAGGAGGACCAAUUAUUCUUGCUCAGGUUGAAAACGAAUAUGGAAAUGUUGAGUGGGCUUAUGGAGUUGGUGGAGAGCUAUAUGUAAAAUGGGCAGCAGAAACUGCUCUAAGUUUUAAUACAACAGUUCCUUGGGUGAUGUGUGCACAGGAUGAUGCACCUGAUCCAAUUAUAAACACAUGUAAUGGAUUCUAUUGUGAUGAAUUCACCCCAAAUUCUCCUUCAAAGCCAAAGAUGUGGACAGAGAACUACCCUGGAUGGUUUCUUGCAUUUGGGUAUCCUGUUCCUUAUCGACCCGUUGAAGACCUGGCUUUUGCUGUUGCACGUUUUUUUGAAAAAGGAGGCACUUUUCAAAACUAUUAUAUGUAUUUUGGUGGAACAAAUUUUGGACGGACAGCUGGAGGCCCUCUGGUUGCUACAAGCUAUGAUUAUGAUGCCCCAAUAGAUGAGUAUGGAUUCAUAAGGCAACCAAAGUGGGGUCACUUGCGGGACCUACAUAUGGCAAUAAAGCAAUGUGAAGAAUAUUUGGUAAACGCAGAUCCAACUCAUCAAUCCCUUGGUAUAAACUUAGAGGCGGAUGUAUACUAUAAAACACCCGAUGACUGUGCAGCUUUUCUUUCAAAUUAUGGAAGCGCUUUAGAUUCAAAUGUGACAUUCAAUGGGAAAUCAUAUUUUCUCCCUGCAUGGUCUGUGAGCAUUCUUCCAGAUUGUAAGAAUGUUAUUUUCAACACAGCAAAGGUUGUGGCUCAGAAAAGUGUUGGUGAUGCUACUACAUUUGUUGAGAGUGAAUUUUCACUGUCAAAUUCAAGUUGGAGUUGGUAUGUAGAAAAAGUGGGUGUUUGGAGUAAUGACUCGUUUACAGCAACCACUUUGGUAGAGCAGAUUAAUACAACAAAAGACACAAGUGAUUUUCUUUGGUACACUACAAGGAUAGAAGUAGAUGAAAAGAAAGAUGCGUUUUUGCUCAUUCAGAGUUUGGGACAUGCUGCUCUGGUUUUUCUGAACAAAAAAGCUUUAGCAUUUGGGUAUGGUUAUCAUGAUGAUGCAAGCUUCAAUAUAAGCAGAAAGAUUAGUCUUGAACAAGGAAACAACACUUUGGAUAUUAUUAGUAUGAUGAUUGGUCUACAGAACUAUGGUCCAUGGUUUGAUAUCAUGGGGGCAGGCCUAUAUUCAGUCACCCUUGCUGAUCUCAAGAAUGCUAAACAGGACAUUUCAUCUAAUGAGUGGACCUACCAGGUGGGAACUGAAGGGGAAAGUCUUGGACUUGAUAAAACAGAUGCUGCUAAUAGUUCCAUAUGGACCCAUGGCACUGAAUUGCCUACUAAUCAGAGUCUCAUUUGGUAUAAGUCCACAUUCAUUGCCCCUGAAGGAAAAGGUCCUCUAUCACUGAACCUUGGAAGCAUGGGGAAGGGUGAAGCUUGGGUGAAUGGGCAGAGCAUAGGACGAUAUUGGUCAACUUACCUUUCACCAUCAACAGGUUGUACAGAUAAUUGUGACUACAGAGGAACUUAUAAUGCACAAAAAUGUCAGAAGAAAUGUGGUCAACCAGCCCAAAUUUUAUAUCAUAUACCACGGACAUGGGUGCAUCCUGGUGAGAACUUGGUUGUUCUUCAUGAAGAGCUGGGUGGCGACCCUUCCAAAAUUUCUGUGCUCACACGAACCGGGCAGAAAGUGUGUGGCCAUGUCUCAGAGGACGAUCCGAUUCCGGUUGAACUCUGGAAACCCAAUUCCGAUUCCAGUUCUCAAAGCCCUCAACUCCGAUUGACAUGUGAUCAAGGCUGGAAAAUUUCAUCUGUUGGUUUCGCUAGCUUUGGGAAUCCCAAAGGGGAUUGUGGUGCUGGAUUUACUCAAGGAAGUUGUCAUAUUGACGUUUUAUCGAUUGUUGAACAGGUUUGUAUCGGGAAGGAAAAAUGUUGGGUUCCUGUUUCAACAGCUAUACUUGGGAACCUAUGUCCUGAGGUGGCAAAAACCUUGGCAAUUGAAGCUUUGUGCACUGCUUGA